UGGAAAGAGUAUUGUGAUUAUCAAAGAUUUGUAGUACGCUAAUUUUUGUUGCAAUUGUAAUUAACAGUAUUGUAAAAUAAUGGUUAAAUUAACGCCAGACUUAAUUCAACAAUCUAUGCAGUACAUUAAUCCUGUAAAAGAUCGAGAACUAGAUCUUAGAGGAUAUAAAAUACCCACAAUCGAAAACUUGGGCGCAACUCUAGAUCAAUUUGAUACCAUUGAUUUUUCUGACAAUGAUAUUAGAAAGUUAGAUGGAUUUCCUCUGUUAAAAAGAAUUAAAACUCUUUUUUUCAAUAAUAAUCGCAUUGUCAGAAUUGGUGAAGGAUUGGAACAUUGUAUUCCAAAUUUGGAAACCCUUAUGUUGACUGGAAACAUGAUUCAAGAACUUGGUGAUUUGGAACCACUGGCACAGUUAAAAAGUUUAACAAAUCUUUGUUUGUUGCAAAAUCCAGUUUCUGCAAAGCCUCAGUACAGACAAUAUGUCGUAUUUAGAUUUCCACAGUUGAGGCUUUUAGAUUUUAGAAAAAUUAAAAUGAAAGAACGUGAGGCUGCCGUUGCAUACUUCAGGAGUAAAAAAGGAAAAGAAAUGGUUCGUGAAAUAGCCAAGAAAGUAAAAACACAAACAUCUGGUAUGUCUUCAGAUAAACCACUAACAACUCCAGAAGAACGUAACAAAAUUAGAGAAGCUAUUACAAAUGCUUCUUCCCUUGAGGAAGUACAACGUCUUAGUAAAUUGCUUCAAGCUGGACACAUGCCUAGUGAAGACAGAUUACAAAAUGGAAGUAUAAUGCCUGAAGCAAUGGAAGAAGAAGAUGAUUAAAGUAUUAUCCAUAUUAUUUCUAGAAGUAAAUCGAUUGAGAC